UCGCAGCUGUAACCGCCAUUAUAAAAUGAUAGCACGAGUACAGAAAUGCGUAUGAGACAUUACUGAUUUCGAUAUGUAUUUCUAAAUUACAUUGUUACAUUAACGAACUGGUAGAUAAUUUUUUUUUUCCCCUUACGCUCGUCGUACAUGCACGAUUAUUUUCUGGAUAUCUAUGUAAGUAAAUUAAAGGAAUUCGGCGCAUGCAUAACCUUACGCCGAGUCUUGAGUUUAUAUAUAAAUAUAAAUGUUGAUCGAAUAUUCCCUUGAUAAUUUGCAAGAAGUAUGAAGGAACUGGAAGAGGUCAAUUGCGAGAUUCUGAAAGUCAGUGAUCUUCGACAAUUAAUAUCAGAUAGAUUGAAAAAUUCAGAAGAUGAUUAUGGAUCGUCUGUACAUGUACAAGAUUAUGAUACAUCUAACAAUUCUCUGGGAGGAUUCUUACAUGGAACAACAUAUGCAUGGAUGAGCCAUGGUUGCCAUUUAAUAGUUUUUAAUGUUAAAUUUGGAGAAAACAUUAAUUGUUGCUGGACCUUUACCGAAAGGAUAACGUGCGUGUCUGAAUUUCCUACACAACCAGGACAUUUACCAUUGCUUUUGGUUGGCUUAGACAAUGGCGCAAGCAGAAUAAAAGAUUCUAUGGGAUUGUUAUGCAUAUUCGAUUGCAAUACUUCCCGUGUUUUGAGAGCUAUACGAACACCAGCAGGAAUUGAACAAGUUUGUGUCAUAUCGGGUGGCGCAGAUUGGGAAGAAAUUAAUGAUAAGAGAGCGGAUAGUAUGUUUUGCGAUAUGGAUGGAAUAGCUUGUGUAGUUUUACGCAAUCUUCAACACAUAAUGAUAGAUUUACAAAGAUCUUCCUGGGAUGAUCCAAAUACUAUUACUUAUAUGGAUGAAAGUUCACCAGCCGAAUUAGAUUUUUCGGUUAGAAAAAAUUCUAAUAGUAAUAAGAAUCAAUUUGUUAAAGAAAGGCAUAUGGCGUAUAAUUUAUUAAAUAACAGUAUUGAAAAAUAUAUUGAUUUUAACAGAAUAGAAUUUGAAUCAUCUCCAUUGAUGCCUGGAAAUUUAACAUCUAUGAUUAUUUGUUCCACAAAAAUUGGAUGUUUAAUAUCUGGAUGUUUGGGAAGAGUUAUAAUUUGGCAAAAUAAUGGCUCUAUAGGAUGGAUAAGUAGACCGCUCGAAGAGAACAUGAGUAUAACACAUUUAUCGUUAUUAGAACCUACGGACGAUCCUCGACCAUUUUGUUAUUUAUGGGUUGUAUAUCAAGAUGAAUCCUCGAAAAUACCGCCAAUUCUUCGAAUGUAUGCUCUACUUUUCGAACGGAAAUAUUGUGAAAAAGGUACAAACUUGUAUUUCAACUUGGAAGCAGAACCUUGUCUUAGGUUUGAAUUUGAAUUAGAAAAAGAGGAUAAAGUUGUUAGUUUAUCACCGAUAGAAAGAGAAGUUAAUCAAGAUCAAACGGAAGCAAAUAUAAAACGUGGCGAAGACAAUUUAUUGCUUAUUGCAUCGAAUGAAAGAAUAUUAUUAUUUGAUCUUAAUCAGUGGUACAAAGAACAGAUGCCUCAAACUAUUUAUGAUUGUAAAAAUCCAAACAGUAUUUUGGCUACAUAUUCUACAAGAUUCGAACCCCAAUGUGCAGGAGAUAAACUUCUUAGUACAAGUUACAUUCCUUCAACGUUGAAAGAAUUUCCAAUUAAUAAUCCAUGCCCAGCGGAGGAAUUAUUUUAUCCUAAUUCAUUGUCAUUCGAAUGGGCAGAACUAAGUACAAUGAGAUUAACGUCUUGGUUGACCCGUGGUAUUCAGGCAGAACUUUUACGUAAAUUGGCUAUCACAGGACCUAUUAUAUUGUUACAACCAAAGGAAAUAUUUCAUAAAUGCUUUUCUGUUGGAUUGGUACCAUUCAAUGCUGAACUUUCCUUUACCAACGACGAAAAUACACAAAGAGAAACAUUACUUUCUUUAUGCUUAGAACAACGUUGGACAUCAUUUUUGGUCAAAUGCGCAAUGGAAUGGUCCGACGGUAGUGCCACGUUUCUUUAUCCGUCAUUUUUAAAAUGGGGCGUACAACGUGCCUCGUCUAUUAAAAUAAUAGCAGAUCGUCUUUGCGUUCCAUUGUUUGAUCAAUCAGAUAGUAGCAUCGGCGAAGCGGAGAUUAAAACUUUACGAUUUUGUUCCCAACAAUUGGAAUGUUUGUCGAACGUCGUUGGAAAAUUGAUACUUGAAACUGAUGAUAUGAUAAAACAACGAAAAGCAUUGAAACGUAUAUCCAUUUAUCUUCAAGUAUUACUUUGGUUUUAUGAUGUCGGUUUACUACCAGAAAUACAAGAUUUAGAUGAAGAAAGACAAUUACCGCUUUCAUUAUCAUUUCGAAUUCCUUAUCCUUACGAAAAAUUGAUGUCGAUCUAUGCUCAAAAGAGAGAUGCAAUAAAAAAUAAUAUAAAUUGUUUACAAGAAGACGAAGGAUUAUUUAUUGACGCGUUAAUAAAUAAGGAAUGUCCUAUUUUAAAGUCACAAUGGGAAAGAGAGGGUGGAAAUGUAAAUAUCAGUGGUUAUUAUCCACCUCCGUCUUUGCAAUCAUUACUUAGAAGUUAUCUAACUGAUUGUUAUCAAUCAGAAAUAAAUGAAACCGAAUGUAAACAUCAGAUUACGAUAUAUUUAUUAAUGGAUCUGGCUAUGCUCUUGCACGGAUCUUAUCCCGGAGUAGAUCAAUUGAUAAAAUAUCCUUCUGCAUUUAAAAUGAGUCCGAGUUUGAUCAAACUCACCCAAGCAUUUUGGUUAUUAGAUCACGAGGAUUAUAAAGGAUUUUUGGAUAUGAUGACUGGACAAUUGGUUUCUGAUUCUGACGUUAGAAGUUGGCAUCACAAGCUUGUACUAAGAACAUUAGUAAGAAAUAAUCAACAAAAAUUAGCACUGAUAUAUCUGAGAAUUAGAAAACCUCCUAUAUCUUCUACCGACGAUCAAAGUGCCAUAGUAAAUCUAUCCGUGCAACAUGGUUUAGUUCAAUCGGCUUUUCAUUGUAGACCACCGUCACAUUAUGCACAAUUAUUAACUUGCUUUUUCGAUGCUUGUAAAUCAUAUAAUAAACUUGGUGACAUUUUACAUCUUGCAUUGGAACCAGAAGAGGAAGAAAUUUUCGUCAAAUUUUUACAAGAGGAUAAUAAAUCUGAAGACAUGAAAACUCUUUAUUAUUUACAACGUUGUCGUUACGCCGAACUCAAUAAUAAAAAUCUUUUAAGUCAAUUUAAAAAUAAUGUACCAAAAAAUAUGCUUCACACUUCUGCUGCCAUGCUUACGGCAUAUGACGCAACAUUGCCUGCAAUAACAAAACAAUUUUCUAGCGGUAUGACUAAAACGACAUUGGAAACAGAUUUGGAAUCUAAAUAUCCUAGACCAAUGUCUCAUUACAAAUGUAUUAAUAAACAACAAAGCAUUUAUGAAACAGUCAUUAAAAAGGCCAAAGAAACUUCAUUUCAAAGUGGAAAAUCCCGUAUACCGUUUAUUACAGCUCCGUGCUCAUCGUUAAAAGCCAAUGAAAGUAAUAUAAAUAUAAGUUGUGUUUUAUUUCCAACAUUAGCAUAUAAAAAUCGUAAGAAACGUACCUUGGACGAUAUAUACGAAAAUGAGGAUAAUGAAACUUUAGAAGAAACGAAACGUAGAAAAUUAUCGAUUAAUGCUGAUGCAAAAAAUACUUCAUGCCGUAGUGAUUUAAAUGUUACGUUAGAUACACCAUUGGUCAAAAGAAAAAGUAACGUUUCUAAUAACAAAGCUACUUGUACGGAAACGCCACAUUCGAUUUUAAAAAUACGACAAUUAAUUCAGAAUUCAGCCUCUUCAAAUAUUUCAAUUACGCAUAUGGUUGAUACGGAUAUGCCUGACACAUCCACAGAUAAAAAUAAGAAAAUCAAUAGACAAAUACGAUUCAGUAUAAAUAAUCCUAAGCAGAAUGUCAGUUGUGAUACUGUAAAUGAAGAAAUAAUGGAAUACGUUCCUAAAGAAAUAUCUAUAACAAAAUCUACGUCGGAGGAUGAUACCGACGUAUUUCUAAGUCCAAAUACUAGCAUUAAGUCGCAUAAUGAAACUACUAAAAUUUUAUCGGACGAUAGUCUUAGCGACAAAAGCAAUUGUUAUCCACGUCCAAGACCGAGUCUUAGAAGAAGUUAUUUACCUGGAAGGAAUAUUACAAAUACAACUACUAUUACUAAUUUAUCUUCUAUUUCUUCAAACAUAUUAAAUACUUCUAAAGAUAAUUAUGCCAUAGAGACAAAUAAACGAACACCAUCCUCCUCUAGAUUACAUAAUUCAUUAUCCGCCACUAUGUAUUCUACUAUGAUUCUUUCUCCUAGUAGCAGUUUUGAUAUAAAUACAUCAUUCAAGAAAACUGAAGAAACUGAAGAUUUAUUAGAUCAAUCGACUUCGUCUGUUUUAUCGUGUAAUUAUAAAGAUACCGUUUCGUCUACUCCAUUGGUUAAAAGUAAAAUUGUUAAACUCUUAGAUGAUAAUAAAGAAGAAUCAACGCUUCUACGUGCAAACGAGAAGUCUAUCGCGUCGUUUAAAAGAAACGAACGAACAAAAAUAUCUAAUGACAAUGAUACUAUACCAGAUAAGGAUAAUAAUUUGGAAGAAUUUAACGAGGAUAAAUCUAAUGAUAAAAGUGAACACGAAUUUAGAAGUUUAUUUAAUUCUUUCGAACAGGAACUCAAUACCGCUGAUUCGAAAUUUACAAAAGAAUACAUUGAAAAUAAUAAUAAAUCUAGGAAUGGCCUUCAAAGGUCAUCAAGAUUGAUUAAUGAUUUUGAUAUCACCGAUGACGAAUCAUCGAAUGAUUGUAACAAAAUAACAUUGAUAUACGAAUCGUCAAAGUCGGAAGAUGAUAAAAAAAUUGAUGUAGAUUCAGAAACGGAUCAUCAUACUAAUAUUAUGUCUCAGCCUAUAUUACAUUUCUCGGAUGUGUCAAACAUCACUGAGGAUGGAUCAAAUAAUAGUAACGAUGUCAUAGUAUACAAUGAUAAAAAUGUAACCGGUGACAAUGUCACUGUAAGAAUAGAUAAGAGAAAUUCGAAACAACAGAUACGAGAAAUUAAUGAAUUAAAAAAUGUCGAUGAUUCUAGCAAUGAUUCGAUAACAAAUGAAUUAUCUCGAGAUUUAUCAGAGAAUAAAAUACAGAUUACCAAUACUUGUAAAAUUAUGUUGAAUAGAAUUAAUACAGAAAACAAAGGUGCUGUCACGUAUGAAGAAAAUAUUUCUUCAAGGAUGACAACAAGUGAAAGAAUAACGACAAGAUCUACUAAAAGAAUCAAUUCAUCCAAAGUAAAGAAACAAACUAUCCCUGUAAAAAGUAUAAGCGAGGAUACAAGUCAGGAAUUAUUCGACGAUUCAAAAAAUACGACGAUGACUAAAUCUACGAUUCGAAGAACUCGAAGUUCAUCUCUCGCUAAAGAUAUUUUCUCAACUACCACGGAUAACAAAGAAUCCGAAAAUGUUAAGGAUAAAGAAUUGACUAGGAGAAUUACACGUCGUGCUGCUUCCGUUCAAAAAGAAAUAACGUAUGUUCCAACAGCAACAUUAAGGAAAACAAGAUCAUCAUCGAUUUCUAAUAUAGCCGAUGAAACUAAUGAAAAUUUAUAUCAAAGUAAAGGAAAAUCAACAGGAAGAAAAACAACAACAACAGCAACAACAACAACAGCAACAACAACAACAACAACAACAGCAACUAAGGUAACGAAGGAAGAGGAGGAGAAAGAAAAAAAACCUGUGAAAGGUAGAUUAACUAGAAGUUCAUCUACGUCGUUGAUAACAGAAUCCGAUAGAAAAAAAGAGGAAGAAAUAACAGAUGUUGUUGUUCGACCAACGCGAAGACGUGGUAACUCGGUUCCUAAAGAAUCAACAUUAAAAAUUAUUCAGAAAGGAGGAAAAUCAAGUAAUACAAUAUCUGAUAUUCCAGAAGUAUCAUCAACUCCUUUGUCACAAUCGAAAAAGAGAAGAAAUUCGAUAUCAUCUAAAAUUGUUGAAGAAAUUACAGAUAGUCCGGCAGCUAAUACACGUAGUCGACGUUCGUCGAUUCAAUCUAUACCAGAAGAAUUGGAAAUUAGUUUAAAUUCGUUACACAAUUUGAGCGAAACGAAGGAACCUUUGUCGAAUAUUAGAACGAGAAGAGCUACGAGCGUUGAUUCCUCGUCGUUAGAUUUAAAAAAGAGAACUCGUGAUAUUCGCAAAAGAAAUAUCAUGGAAGAUGCCAUUAUAGAAGAAUCAACAGAAACAGAAAGUCAAAUGAAUUUAAGAGUUACAAAAAAUACCAGGGUACAAUCUUCAAAAAGAAAAAGAACAUCGUCCUGCAGUGAAAACAAAACAUAAAAAAGAAAAAUAAAAAAAAAAAAAGAAAAGAAAAAUAAUAAUAAUAAUAAUAAUAAUAAUAAUAAUAAUAAAAGGAAAACUUAAAGGAAGGAAAAAACAAAGAAAAAAUAAUUGAGAAACAAAAAUGAAUUGUUGAUAAUAAGAAAAAGAACAGUUUUUAUUCUCACAAAUAAAUAAAACGCUGGAUCUAACAGUAAUAUAAUUCCAUUGAUCUUUUUAACUACAAUCCCAUUCAUUGUUCUGUUUAAAAAAAUAUAUAUAUACAUAUAUAUACAUAUAUAUGUAUAUAUAUAUAUAUACACAUAUAUACAUAUGUAUAUAUAUAUAUAUGCACAUAUAUAUACAUAUGUAUAUAUAUAUAUAUACAUAUGUAGUAUAAUUCACAUGUGAUGUGAUUUUCUAUAUUUAUUAUAAUCCUUAAGAAAAAAAAAAAAAGAAAAAAAAAGAAAAAAACGCUUCCAGUUAUAAAAUCUCCUUCACAUUAAUUUUGUAUAAUUAACUGUGUACAAUAAUUCUCUCUACAUAUAUUUCUCUGAUCUCGAUCUUUUAGAAAAAAAAAAAAAAUAAAAUAAAUAAAUAAAUAAAUAAAUAAAUAAAUACUGUUCUAACUUGCUUUGUGAAUGAAAAUGUUAAUCUGCUGGACAGGAUCAAUAUUAUUGUUCUUGUAUAAAACUUUUCUUAUAGCAAAUUGCUUCAAAUAUAUCGUUUGACCGAAGCAUGCUGAUCGGGUUGCUUAUUCUGCUGUAAAGAAAAAAAAAAAAAGAAAAAAAAUCAAUUAAAAUUUUAACUUGAUCGAUGAUUAGAGAUAAGUAAAUACGUAGUUGUUAAAGAAAAUGAAAUAAUAAAAAAAAAAAAAAAAAAAAAAAA